CCCGCUCCCAGGGAGGGGAACAGACUCUUGGCAGUAGCUGACAAAGGACGCCAGGCAGCACCCAGGUGGCAGGCUUUAAAAUACUGGCACUAAUUCAAAUUUGAGAAAACAAAAAACAAGACUGAGAGUGUUCUAAGGAGGCGCCAUGUCCACCCUGUACCCAUCUCUGGAGGACCUGAAGAUGGACCAAGCUAUUCAGGCCCAGGCCAGAGCUGCAUCCAGGAUGCCUGCCCUGCCAGUCUCCCAGUCUUCAGUCUCCUGGGAGCCGCCCUGGGUUUUGUACCCAAGCCUGGAAGAAUUGGAAAAUUACAUGGGUCUUUCCCUCUCCAGCCAAGAAGUCCAGCAGAACCUGCUUCAGAUUCCAGAAGGUGCUACCACAGUGAGCUCUGGCCCCUCACCGGGCCAGCUGGUGGCACCACUAUCUGGGAACAGCCUUGGCCCAUGGCGUGCGGAGAUCAAGCCUGGGGUACGUGAGAUCCACCUGUGCAAGGAUGAGCAUGGCAAGACAGGGCUGCGGCUGAAGGCCAUUGACCAGGGGCUCUUUGUCCAGCUGGUGAAGGCCCACAGCCCUGCGUCUCUUGUGGGGCUGCACUUCGGGGAUCAGAUAUUGCAGGUUGAUGGGCGUGACUGUGCCGGGUGGAGCACAGACAGAGCCCACCGGGUGCUGAAGAGGGCGUCAGCCGAGAAAAUCAUCAUGGUCGUUCGGGACAGGCCCUUCCAGCGGACUGUCACCAUGCACAAGGACAGCGUGGGCCACAUUGGCUUUGUCCUCAAGAAGGGAAAGGUGGUCUCUGUGGUCAAAGGGAGUUCUGCGGCCCACAACGGGCUCCUCACCAACCACGCCGUGUGUGAGGUGAACGGGCAGAACGUCGUCGGGCUGAAGGACAAAGAGGUCACAGAGAUUCUGGCCAUGGCUGGGAAUGUUGUCACCUUGACCGUCAUACCCACCGUGAUCUACGAACAUAUGGUCAAAAAGUUGUCCCCCACCCUGCUGCACCACACCAUGGACCACUCGAUCCCAGCCAUCUGAAGCCAGGAGAGAGAAGCUCAGCCGUCCUAGCCUCCCACCCUCCUGCAGGAAAGGGCGAGUCCUAGAUGCUGGGGGAGGCCACGGCUGUCCUGAGGGGGCACCUUCCGG